AUAUCAAGUUAGAGAAAAAAUAUCAAUCACGAGAAGAGCAGAUUCUCUGUAAUUCACAGGAACGUGAGCAGUAAGCGAGAGUAUGCUGCGUGAGUACGUAAAGUAAACCAAAGCCCAAGGUUAAAGGUUUCGAUCGAAGUCAAUUGUUCGAACUCCAAGGUUUCAGUCACUGCAAGAGAGCUCUGAGGAUCUGCUUCAUCGCGCAGCACAGAACAAUCGGAAUUCGGCCAUGAACUGUCUUCAAAACCUUUCACUAUCAUCUACUUUGCCUCUGCGAAGCUUCAAAUGCCGGAAGAUAAAGCCUGAAUUCCAGCUCUGCAAACUGGUAAUGAGGAAUUUUACCGAUCUACAUCGCCGUUCUCUUGUGAAGGCAGUACCUGGCUCUACAUCAAAUGCCGAAAUGAGUGGCGCUGAGGUGAAUGAUGCUGAGGAAAAGGAGGAAAAAUCUGAGAUAUAUAGUCAUAACAUGACAGAAGCCAUGGGUGCUGUAUUGACAUAUAGACAUGAGCUGGGAAUGAACUACAACUUCAUUCGUCCAGAUUUAAUUGUAGGAUCAUGCCUACAGACUCCAGAAGAUGUUGACAAGCUUCGCAGCAUUGGAGUAAGAACAAUUUUCUGCCUGCAGCAAGAUCCAGAUUUGGAAUAUUUUGGAGUUGACAUUGGUGCCAUAAUAGCAUAUUCAAAGACGUAUGAUGAUAUUGAACAUUUGCGUGCUCAAAUAAGGGAUUUUGAUGCACACGAUCUACGGCUAAGAUUACCAGCUGUUGUAAGCAAAUUACAUAAAGCCAUUAACCGAAAUGGUGGAGUGACUUAUAUACAUUGCACUGCUGGACUUGGAAGAGCUCCUGCUGUUGCGAUGGCAUAUAUGUUCUGGGUUCAAGGCUACGGACUCCAUGAGGCUAUAGAACUACUGCUGAGCAAACGCUCAUGCUUCCCCAAAAUAGAUGCUAUUAAAAGUGCAACUGCUGAUAUUCUUUCAGGAUUUCGAAAGAAGCUUGUCACUUUAUCGUGGAAAAAUGACCAAUGCUCAACUGUAGAAGUAUCUGGACUUGACAUUGGAUGGGGCCAGAGGAUUCCAUUAAAAUUCAACGAGGAACGAGGUGCAUGGAUUCUCAACAGAGAACUGCCGGAAGGGCGAUAUGAAUACAAGUACAUCAUUGAUGGUGUAUGGACAUGCAAUGAAGCUGAGCUCGUCACUCCUCCCAACCAAGAUGGCCACGUCAACAAUUUCAUUCAAGUUGUUGAUGAUGAUCCAAGCAGUGAAAGAGCAAUUCUUCGGGGGAGGUUAAAUGGAGAUGAACCAGAGCUCACGGCCGAAGAAAGAAGCAAAAUAAGACAAUUUCUUGAAGCUUAUCCAGAUGAAAAUUGAAUCAAGGUAUGUUGCUUUGCAAGUGUCAUCUAUAUUAUAUAAUAUAUAUAUAUAUAUUUUGUCAACAAAAAAGAAUAUAUAUAUAUAUAUAUAUAUAUAUUCACACAUUAUUCUGAAAAAAGUGUUAAAGAGGACAUUAUCUGUAAUACAGUAUAAAUAAAUACUAAGAAAUAAAAUAGAUCGGAUACUGUUGCACGAUCACUGUGAUUCACAUUCACCAAAA